AUGCGCAGAUGUAGUGAGAUUGGCUAUUUAAAUCCUCAACCAGUAGUUACCAUUGACUUGGGGAUAAAGACUGGAUAUAUUUGUCAAAAGGGUUCAUUUGGCAUUUGCAUCGUAUGCCAAUCGGAUAUCAUCGAUCCUGGAAUAGUUGAAUACGCCCAUUAUCCAUAUCCAAGAACCUCUUUGGGAUUCACAGUGAGGGAGUUUAUAUAUGAAAAAAAGACAAAUUUGCCAACAAAUUUGGAAAACGUUGAAUCAGUUCUAGUUUACUUUGAAAAAUCAAGAAAACAUCCUUUGCUCUUAAAAAUCGUUCUUUGUAAUAUGGGUCUUUAUAAUACAGACUUUGGAAGGUACUACUACAUCCGGAAUCCUGACGGAGAGUGGAUGGGCUAUGUUUAUACAAAUGACAUUGUAUCAUCAACAGAGAGAAGCAGAUUACUGGGUUAUAUCCUUAGACAUCCUAAAAAUUCAUUGGAGACGUAUAAACCAACUAUAGGAGGUCCAAUGGUUCGAAUAGAUGGCAAUUCGUGGAACGCACAUGGAAACGUUCACGUCUCUUCAAGGUCGAAAAAUGUUUCGAAAUAUGAUGAAUCGAGACAAGCAGCACUAGGUAAUGCGAAGAGGUCAAAAUGUGGUCAAGAGGAGGGAACAUGCAAAAUCCAACCUAAAACAACAUGUAAAAUUAAGAGUUGA